AUGAAGAUGAUUCCAACAGAUCCGGAUAAUGUAGUGUUCAAAGAGCUACCAUACAGACAGAAAGCCAAGAGGAUCAUAACAGCGCUUGCCGUAAUCAUUAUCCUGUUGUUCAUUCUUUGUGUCAUCUUUAUCGUAUUAUUUGCAAUGAAGAAAACCAAAACUCAGGAAGAAAAAGGGCAUGAAGAAUCGGUACAAAAGACUUGUGCCUCAAAAAAAUGCUUGUUCGCUGCUGUUGGUAAGUUGGCUGUUUUUUUGUUAAAAAUUUCGAUAGUGCAGUUUUAUUUCAGUUUAUUGUACGCAUGAUGCCAACUAAAUCUUAUCAUCGUGGUCUGUCAGGUAACACGGACAAGAGAACGUAACUCCCAGUGUUGGGAUCUGACUUUGUUAUCGUUUAUACAGGUUCCCAUUCAAGCUUAAAGCUGAACUGGGCCAGUCUGUCUAAAUAUUGCGAAUAAAUACAAUCAAAAGAAUUUAAACAGUUAACAUUCUCUUGAUUCAAUGCGUACAUACAUAAAAAAGAAUUAGAAAAAGAAACAAUUCCGUUUUGCUUUUACGCAGCCAUGCACGGCGACCGAGCGUAAUGCAGUAUUGUUAGACCAACAUUAAAGCUUGUGUAAAUUUACCACUGCGCUUCCUAAAAUUCUCUUGUUAUUUCCUUUUUAAAUUUUUUUUUUUAAUUUUUCGUAUUUGCUGAUUUACUCCUUUGAGAAGAUCUUGAAUCUCAUCAACCGGAAUGUUAUUAAGCUGCAGCUGCCAUGAAUCAAUUUUGGUGACGUACACAAAUCUGAAAUUUGACUCCAACGGUGCUUUCGAUCGAAUCAGUUUCGUCACAAACUGCCAUCCGGCUGAUCGACUUCGCGAUCUCUUUUUGCCUAUUAUAUGCAUUUUUAGCCGUCUCGAAUCCGUUUUAAUUUUUUAUUUGUUCAAAAUACAUUGUGGCGUUGAACUACAUGUGAAAAUAUGCGGGAAAAGCUCACCGAAUUUGAGGAAGAAGAAGCCGUCGACAUAAAGUACAAAUUGAGGCAUUUCACCAAGUUCAAGGUUUUGCUCGUGGUCACCUCAAUUUUAGCUGUGUUAUUGAUCACGUUUAUAGUUUUAUAUGCCGUCGAAAAAUCCAUCGAUAACGAUUUAGCAAACGAGCAAGGAAAGACUCCACGUGUACAGACGUACUGCGGCACGAAAGUAUGUUUUGACGCAGCACUCGGUAAGCCCAAUUCCAAUUUGGAAGAACGUUUCAUUUAAAUUUAUUUUCCUGAUUUCGUCUCGUUCUUGAGGUAAUUCAAUAUGCUUUUCACAUUUAUUGAUGGUAAUAUCAUGGAAAGAGUACCAUGUCUGUAAAUUUGAAUCAAUUGAAAAUUUUUGAUAUAAGAGCCGUUGUGUGACAGUUGUCAGGCAAUCCCAUCACGCACGAGAAAUAUGAUACUUAAGAUCUUGAGACCUCGCUCAUGUGAUAGAUCUGAAAAUAUAUUGAAUUACAGUUAGCUUUUAUUAUGAUCGUUUUUCUUACCAAGAAACGCCAUUAUUCAGUGAGGGGUUUGACUUCCCUUUUUCCGGGAAAAGUUUGGGUUUUCUCGGAAUCAAAAAGGAAAACAGAAGCGUUGGGAAGACUCCGUGAGAAAUAGAAAAAUAUUUGGGAAUACUCUAACUAAAAUCGUUUUUUUCUCGAAAAAAAAUAGAAAGAAAAGAAAAACACCAUUAUCAAAACGUUCAUUUCGAUGUUUUUCUGAGAAAAUUAUUUUUGUCUCACUGAGAGACCACUUUGUUACGUCUCAAAGGUUGGCUUUUCUCGGAAAUAAAAGGGCGAGAGUUUAGAGGAUAUAAUGGGGGAGGGGAGGGAAGGAAUGAGGCGGGAGUGAAGGGGUGAGAGUGGCUAUUUCCAGGAAUAUUUCGUGUCAAAAUGAAUUUCACGUGGUAGUGGUACGGUCCCAGGUUGAGACAAAGCUCUCCUUUAUUUCACAACAAAUGGAACCAUUCAACCGUUUGGUUUAUUUGCAUUUCAUAUUUAAUUAAUUUGAAAGUGCUGCAGAUGCGUUCGUCAUUUUAUCCAUUUGCUCAAACACUGCCGAGUUGAUAGCGACAAAAUGGUUAAUAUGAGGAAGUUAACGGAACACGAGGGCGCAGACGACACCAGCGUCAAGUAUAAAUUGAGGCAUUUCUCAAAGUUUAGAAUCUUGCUCGUGGUCACCGCGAUUUUGGCCCUGUUAGCGAUCAUAUUUAUCAUAUUGUUUGCCGUUGAAAAAUCCAAGGUUCACGAUUUAACAAGCCAGGCACAAAAGACUCCAAAAGUACAAACCUACUGCGGCACGAAAACAUGUUUAGACACAGCUUUGGGUAAGCAUACGUAGUACAGAAAGUGUUCAGAGUUUAUUGAUCGCAAGUAAUGAACUCAGUUCUGAACGUUUUGUACUUAGAUUCAAUCAACAUGCAUCGAGUACCACUUAUUACUAGUGUGUUUACUAAGGCGAUGUUGGACUGAUUGAACACUCAUUCUGUAUUGCUUUUGACUGAAUUCAGUCUAAUGUCAUCGGGCAAGAUUUCGACACAGCCCCGCACUUCAUUAUGCAUACAGUUCUUAGAUAAAGAAACCAACGGCGAAAACAAUAGAUUUAUUUUGGGACUACAGCUAUAGUUUAGAACAAUUUGCGAUUUUAUGGAAAUAUUUCCAUUGAUCUUUGUGUCGUAUCUAAUGACAAAUUUUACCGAGAUUAAAGCUUUCUAUAAUGAUACGCGCGCAAGCCCCGAGUGGAUUGAAGGAUUACUGAACGCAUGUCUCCUAUAAUAGAGUUGAAUGUUCUAGCAGCUGCUUUACCAGCGUUGCAAGAUGUUCGGCACGCUUUUGUUACUCCAUCAAGGAAUUUUCCAGAAUUUUGAGAACUCGAUUAAAUACUCUUAGUAAUUUUUUAACUGAUUUUAAAAAAUUUCCUAAACUCUUGGUGGUGUGGAGAUAAUUUGACAUAUUCUGGCAACUUUCAAAAAGAUUUUUCGGUCCAUGUUGCAGAAAUGUUGUUUUUUGAUACCACUUUUGACAAUUUUGCCUUUUAGUCAGUAAUGACGUCAAUGUACAUAGCCCUGCGAAGCGAAGCGAUUUCGUAACAAAUCACGCCAACAGCUUUUCUCUCAUUUGUGCAGGGCUGCCGUAUCGGUUGUCACCUGAGCGAAACGGCAAAAUGGUAUUUCUUUGCAAAGUUCUCUGGGUUUGUUUAGAACGCUUAAGUCUGAAUUUUUCAUCAACGAAAAACUGCGACUGUGACUUUGCAAUUCGAUCAGUUUAAUAGAUCACGACAGUAUGCUAAAUCCUUGACUUUACGACCUUCAGACUAAAAAGAUUUCCAUUUCAUUUUUAGGCUUGUCUUGUGCAAACCAGCUUGUAAACACAAUUCUGAAAUUGCUGAAGAAACCCUCGACCACCUGAUAAACUUUAAGAUAUUUGGGAUUAUACAAAACUUUGGUUGCAGUUUAUUAGCUUAAUUAUGUAACGUGGUCCGACUAUCAGAGUGGGUUCCGCGAGUUUUCAAUUAGUCAACAUGUAUCAUUACACUUUACCAAGAAAACUUGGUUUUUCUCGGAAAUUGAAGAAGAAAAAUGAGACGCAUGGUAGAGGGGGUGGGGGGAAAGAGGAAAGUGAAGAAAGGAGGGGAGGGGAGGGGAUAGGCUAGACAGUAAGAACAAGAGGGUACGACGGAUGUUAUUUCAAAGGGAUUCAGUUACUAUGAUACAAAAGAUUUUCAGGAGCUUUAGCUUUAAUCUGAGUUCACCUUAACAAACAUCUUUCACUACAGAGAGAUAACUCAAUCUUUAUGUGAAAUAUCGAAUCUUCGUGAUCGAGUUCCGGUAUUUUAGAGGUAUUAGAUACAUUGUUAUUCGAUAAUGAUUUGCCUGAUGCGAAGAAAAUAAGGUCCAAGAGGAUUAUAAUGAGGCUAUUAAAUGUUGCAAACCUUCCACAGUUGUCUCCUGUGAAAUUUACCCCCAAUUUCUAACAAAGACAUUGUUGUAUCGAGUCGCUAAAGAAGCACAUGCGUUGAGUUUGAAAAUCGCCUGAUUUUGGGAUUUCUUCUUUGUUCAUGUGCGAUGUUUUGUUCUUGCAGACAUGUUAAAGCAGCUUAACCAGACUGUUGACCCAUGCGAGGAUUUUUACGAAUAUGCCUGUGGAGGUUGGGAAACUGAGAAUGCUCUGAAGCCUGGGGAGACCCACGUGACUGGAUUCGCAUUGGUCAAAGGGAAAAGUUACCAAGUCCUUAGAGAAGCACUGGCGAAUGCAGAGAAAAAUUACUCAACCGUGAGAAAAAUAGUUCAUGUGAAUGAUCUGUUUGUAGUGUGUAUUUUUACGCUUGGUUUUCGAUAGAUAUUCAUUCUUGUAGUUCGACACAACCUUAAUGUUAGACUGUCGUGCAGGAGUGUUAGAGUGUUAGAGUGUUAGACUGUCGUGCAGGAGGUCGGAGGUUCAAGCCCCAGACCGGAUCAACAAUGACUCAGGGUCUAAAAGUAAGCGAGGAUAAUGUACUACCUUUGCUAUGGUUUCUGCGUGUGGCAAGGCAUUGUAGUGUUCCUAGAUAAGGACGAUAAACCGUAGACCUCGUCUCUUGCAUCUUCUCUGUACUGGUUAGCCGGGAACGUUAAAGAACCCACACACUUCUUGCAAAGAGUAGAGAACGUAGCUCUUGCUAUUUUGAUCUGGCCUUGAUUUCGAAAUUGGGAGUACUUGCAAGUAUAUCCUUCCAGACAAAUUUGCAAACUGCUUACUGCAAAUCGCUUAGCGAAACUCCUUGUAACUUCAUUGUAAGGAACUGGGAUAUAAAGCUAGGUUUGGUAACCCACAUGGCUCGAGUAAAGACUUUACCCGUACCUCUGAAUCCUGUUAGGUUCGACUUAGCAACAUUCUACGACGUUCUCCGUGAUUUUUUUUUUUCAGAACGAAGCUGUCAUGAAGACCGUCAAGUUUUAUAACGUCUGUAUUGACAAGCCGUCGGUUGAGGCCCGAGGGGAUGGUCCGCUCAAAAAGCUGAUCGUUGAGAUGGGCGGAUGGCAUGUGACGGGUAACAUGACACCUCUUUCAUCCAUGAACAUCAUAGAAAGAAUUGGCAAAGUGUCCAGGGAACUGUUUAUAAAGCCAUUUGUCGAUGUGACAGUGUUUAUUGAUCCCCAUGAUUCAAACAAGCACAUUUUACAGGUAAACUCUCCUCUCGGUCAUUUUAUCGGAGACCCUUGUUAGCGUUCCUUCGCUACAACCCUGUUUUCUUUUCUAAACGACCACCUUAAGCAAGCAUAGGAUGAUGGUAGUCUCGUAUCCAGACCUUCCACGGCUAAACGGUUGUACAUGUAAGUUACAGUUACACGAUAAGAUCUUGGUACGAUGAAGGCAAUUUGGGGACCUCGAUUAUUGUUGUUGUUGUUAUUAUUAUUAUUAUUGUUAUUAUUAUUGUUAUUGUUAUUAUUAUUGUUAUUAUUAUUAUUGUUAUUAUUAUUAUUAUUAUUGUUAUUGUUAUUAUUAUUAUUAUUGUUAUUAUUAUUAUCAUUGUUAUUGUUAUUAUUUUUAUUAUUAUUAUUGUUGUUGUUGUUGUUAUUAUUGUUAUUGUUGAUAAAGAAAAGUAAUAAAAAAGAUAUUUUACUGGUGAUAGCUUGACACCUUCUCAACUCUCUCCAUAAGAAAGAGAUCUCAGCCCAUACAGUUCAUUGUUUCUUCCUGGUUACCAACUAUUUACUGUGCUAUGGACAACUAUAUCUAACUCGUAAUAGCAUUCAAAACUAACCCCUAACGUUUCGUUUGGCUGCGUGAGGUCCUCUUUUGAUUACAGAGGGGUUAGUAGAGGAAAUUAUUCUUAAUCCAGAUCUGUCACCUCUAAAUCCAUACGAUUCAUUUUCAGUUUGCACAGGGAGAGCUAGGUAUGCUCCGCUCAUACUACACAAAGAAUACUUCCGAUUCUCAAACAGUAAGUUAGAAUUUUAAACUAUGAAUAAGCUCGCCACAGAUUUUAAAGGGUCCAUCCACGGAGUUGUGAUUAUUUUGUUUUGCCUUGACUUCUUGUUGUCGUGUAUGCUUUUUGUUCUUGAUCUUGUUUUGGUUUUGUUUGUUUUAGGUACAAUUUGAGGGGUUCACAAGUCAUUUUCGUAAGAGGGCAGUAGGCUGACGGUUAGCGCUUUAGGUUCGAUACCUUGCUGGGUUACUGUGUCGUGUUCUUAGGCAAGACACUUAACUCGCAUCGUGCCUCUCUUCUCUCAGAAGAGGAAAUUGUUACCAGCAAAAUGUCAGGGAAAUCUCACACGAAAUGCUAAAGGGAGGGGGAGGGGGGUGGGUUGACAUGCAAUGGACUGGUAUCACGUUCAGGGGGAGUAGCUGAGUAGCAAUACUCCUUUUCUCACCAUGCUACGAAAAUCAGGAUAAGUUGCGGCCAAAUGGGCCACCCAGCUCUAGAACAGACUCCUCCAUUUAUUACCAAUUAUUUUCAGGACUAGCUUCGCCAAUAUGAUGGCUAUAAAAGGUCUUGCUUGUUAAUCUUGGGCUAAACCAUUUCCUGAAUGUUUGGAUACAUAACCGCCUGUUUUUUUCAAUAGAUUCGGGAAGCUUAUAAGACGUACAUGAAGACCAUCGCCAAAUAUCUAGGAGGAGGCCCGGACUCUGAUAACCAGAUGAUGAAAGUUUUUGACCUGGAGACCAAAAUAGCGAGUGUAAGCACUGUCUUUAGACAUCUGGCUGUUUUGGUUUUUUAUCUUUUUUCACAACCACACCAAAUAGGCAACUUACGUUACUCGUUAUCUGUCACGUAAUAAAUAGCGAGUAGCGUAGCCAAUCAGAUUGCAGCAUUUGUGGAAGAAUGCUCGUAGGUUUCUACAAAGUGAUUCUCUCUUACCUUGCGAAAACGGAAGUAUUCAUCGCUGUCUCUUGAGUCGGUCUUACAGCUCUACCUCUAUCUUGAAGUACGCUACAAAAUAAGUGGGAAUAAAAAACCAAAGAACUUGGCUUAUUUGUUCUACUUUCGAGCUCGGCCGUUGAACCUUUUAAAACAUGAUUUGCUUCGCAUUUACAGCUGGGUCAAGAUGGGGAAGACGGCUCCAUCAUAGAAACGCUAAAGAGAGACUUACCCCCCGGAGCGAUAGUCAUGGACCUCAGAGUAACACUGAAACAGAUCAGCGAAACAACAGAGAUAGACGUGAGUCCAAUACUUGUUUGCUGCUUGCCUAUUUUCUUUGGUCUUUAAGAUCUUUCCUUUUUUCUCUUGAUGAGCCCGCGUCCACACUGCCGAAGUUUAACCCUGUUUUUCAAAACACAGCGCUCAAUCGUCUGUGCAUGUGCAAACGUUUUCAUGGCUGGCCAGGAAGCAUUCUCUCAGGCUUUCAGAGCCAAGUCGUCUCAGUAGAAUUUUAAACAACCACACAUGCUAGUAAGAAGCGUUGUUUCGAAAUCGUAUAUUUUUUUUAAUAGAGCUGAACACAAAAUUGCAAAAGUAAUAUUCGUGUCCUUGUUUUCUAUUACGGAUUUCUAAGAACGUUUUAGUGUCCUGAUGGAAUAUCUUCAAAUAUUCAGAAAGUUUAUUUAUUAAAGUAAUCAUAUUUAAUUAGCUUAUGGAAAUAAAUUCAUGCGCGUUAUAAUUAUUAAAUUUAUAAUAAUAAUAAAUGUUAUUAAGAUUAUGAUUUUUCUUCUUGUUUUUCUUUUUGUUUUUUUUGUUCAGGUUGAAGAAAUUGUUGCUCUGGUAAACGCAGUUUUUAAGAGGCAAAAGCGUACAUUCCAGAAAGACGAAAAAGUGAUUGCAUACCCCGUGAAGUAUUUCACGAAGCUUUUUUCGCUCUACAGAAACGUCGUCAAAUCGUAAGUGCUGAGUUGAACAAGUAGGCAUCUUUUAUUUCAUUAAUUUAUAUUGCCCAUGGUUGAAGUGCGGAAGGAAAGAAAACCGGAAGGGUACAGAAAUUGUGAAACUAUAGUUUAAGUCACUAGUAUGAUUUUGUUGCUGCGAAGGAAAGAUCAUGCAGAUACAAUUAUUUUCAAUGCCAUUGCCAUUGCCAUUACCAUUGCCAUUGUCACUGUCAUUGUCGUUGUCAAUGUUAUUGCCAUUGUCAUUUCCUUUGUUGUUGUCAAUGCCAGUGCCAUUGCCGUUAUCGUUUGUAUUUCCAUUGUCAAUGUAAAUGUCAUUGUCAUCGUUAUUGUCAUUAUCAAGGCCAUUGUCACUGUCAAUGCCGUGGUCAAUACCAUUGUCAUUGUCAUUGUCAAGGCCACUGUCAUUGUCAAUGCCACUGCCCUUGCCAUUGCCAUUGCCAUUGCCAUUGUCAUUGUCAUUGUCAUUGUCAUUGUCAUUGUCAUUGCUAUUGUCAUUGCCAUUGCCAGUGUCAUCGCCAUCACCUUGCCAUUUCCAUUUCCAUUGUCAUUUCCCUUUUUGGUUCUCCUCUCCAAAGAGACCCAGAGGUUCUCGUCAAUUACAUUAUGUGGCAAGUCAUCAAUAACUUCGUGAAGAUAAUGCCCCAAAAAUACAGAGAUGCCAGGGAAAUGGUCAGCGUCGCCAUCGCAGGCAACAUGACAAGAUAUCCUUGGGAGCAGUGUAUUGAUGGUAUGCAGCAAGUGUUUGGAAUGCCUCUCGGGUUGCUGUUCGUGGAUGCUUCGUUUGACGAAGGAAGCAAAGCUACAGUAUGUGAGAAACGAAAUGAUGGUUAUUAUAAAGAAUGCGUGAUUUCGCAAUCUCUGGAUGCUGUUGCUAAGUCGUAGUCUACAUCAGAAGCAACUCGCAGUUGAUCUCAAUUGAAACUGUUUAACGCAGAGGAUGGGAACAUGUCUAACCAGCGAGCAGACCCUCGUAAUUAUUAGCGCUGCAGGAUACGCGCAUUUCUUCACCCAUGGAAAGAUUUGGGACGAAUCGGUGAGAGAUUUUCCGUGGGGUUGUGCUGAACACCUUGCUGAAGUCUCACCGGCUUGCGUUGUUUAAGGCCUCAAGAAACGCCCGCACCUAAGCGCUUAUUAAGAGGAGGGCCUGCUCAUAAGCUAGAAUAUGUAAAACUCCAAUUAGUUCGUAACUACAGGCAUGAGCGCAUUAUUAAUACGUGAAGGAAUACCUGCGUCACGUGUUCAGCUACAGAUGAGAGGCCAUACUGUUUUUAUUUUUAAUUUUUUUUUUCAUAAAUUUCAUUUGCAUGUACUCUCAAAAAAGAACACCACUGGAAUGUCGCUUUACCUCGCCUCUCGACUACCGGAGAAAUUUUACAAAUCUUACAAAAUCUUACAAAUUUGGAAAAAUUUACAAUUUCUUCAAACAAAAAGAUGAUCAUGCUCCUCUGCACCUGCAAACUCAUGUCUGUCCGUGCCUGAGUCUUUACUCGAGAAAAGUUCGAUUUAAGGGGAAACAAGCAGAGGAACACCAAUCUUUCAAUCAGGAAGACUUGAUAAUGCAUAAAUAUAAUUUUCAGUUGUGGUUCAAUUCUGUCCGUUAUUGUUCGCUCUUUAAGGAAAAGAGAAGAGUUUUUUUCAGUUACUUAACUCAGUAACUUGAGAUUAUCGCCAGUCUUAUCUGGAAACAAACUUAUCAGUAAUUACCUAUUGUGAGUAACAUCACUUUCUUUGUUUGAUCCAGAUAACGCAAAUGACAGAGCUGAUCAAAGAAGAAUUUAUCAGCGGCCUAGACUCACUGAAAUGGAUGUCUUCCGAGACAAAAAAGAACGCAAGAAUAAAGGUGCGAUUAUUUACAGCCAUAGCAUUUCAUAAAGACUCUCGAGUUUUCCUGCUUGACUUCAGCAGAAGUCUCUCAACGUCACCAACUGUAAAAGGACCAUUGUAAAUGUACUACAUAAAACGGAAAGUUCAGCCAGAAUAAUAGACCCAUUGUUUGAUAAGAUAGACAGUAAAAAGACCGUUGAAAUUCUCCUUUUUUUUUAAAGGUUUAUCGAGAUUGGCCUCUUGUAGGUGCUUAGAAGGAUACAUUUGCAAUUGGUUUUGUCUCCUUUUUCAGGCAAACGCAAUUGUUCAAGAUAUUGGCUACCCCGACUUUAUAAAGGAUCCUUCCAAGCUAGCUGCAAAGAUUAAAGAUGUAAGCUGUCACUGGAAACAAAAUUUCUAGAACCUUUUGAGUAGCCAAGGAAGUAUUCCCUCUGUGGUACCUAAGUUUAGAGAAGGUGUAUAACUAUUGUAGAGAGAAAAAUAUGAAAAAUGAAAAAAGCCUCUGAAACUAGAAUACAAUUACUUGCAAUCAGUCUUUAUAUUUGAGAAAGAAACAUUUACUCUAAUCCUUCGUUAUUAUUUCAAGGAUUGAAAGUCGACAAUAAUGAAUAGCUUAUUUAUGUGACUCAGUUAAAAAACUUGUGCUUUCUAAACGAUUAAUGCGUGAUUGAGGUAUUAUUUUUAUAGAGGAAAGAAAACGAAUUGUCGUUCUUACUUCUCCUUUAUUGAAGUUUUGUUCAGAACAAAUUUAGCCAGGUAGCGUUUUUACUGAUCUAAAUUUUGACCUCAUUUACUUCACUUUGUUCACUCGAAAAAGUGUUCUUUCUAUUUUUUCUUCUACAGCUGACAGUUGGUGAACAUCUCUUUGAGAAUACAAGGAACGCAUUAACGUUUGUAGCAGACGAAACAUACGGUUCAUUGGACAAGCCUGUGGAUAGGGACCAGUAAGGAAAAUCCUCUCCCCUUUUCUUCCUCUUCUUUUGACCCUCCCCACUACUCCCGUCCUUUCUUGUCAUCUCCCCUCCUCUCCUUCCCUUUACUUUUUGCCCCUUUCCUCCCAUUUUGUCCCCUUCUCUUCAUUUUCCUCCCCUUUUUGUCCCCACCCCUCCCUUUCCUCCCCUUUUUGUUCCUUCCCUUCCCUAUCCUCCCCUUUUUGUUCUCUUCGCUUUAUAUCCCUCCCCUUUUGUCCCCCUUUAAUUCCCUCCCUUUUCUCCCCUUUCCUCCCCUUUCUCCUCUUUUCGUUCCUUACCCUCCCUCUCCUCCCCUUUGUCUCCUUCCCUCCAUAUUCCUCCCUUUUUUGUCCCCUUCCCUUUUGUCCCUCUUCAAUUCCCUCCAUUUUCCUCCCCUUUCCUCCAUUUUCCUCCCCUUUCCUCCAUUUUCCUCCCCUUUUCUCCCCUUUCCUCCAUUUUUCCCCUUUCUUCUCUUUCCCUCCCCUUUCCUCCCUUUUCCUCCCCUUUCCUCCCCUUUCCUCCUUUCCUCCUUUCCUCCCCUUUCCUCCCCUUUCCUCCCCUUUCCUCCCCUUUCCUCCCCUUUCCUCCAUUUUUCCCCUUUCUUCUCUUUCCCUCCCCUUUCCGCCAUUUUUCUCCCCUUUCCUCCAUUUUCCUCCAUUUUUCCCCUUUCUUCUCUUUCCCUCCCCUUUCCUCCGUUUUGUCCCCUCUCCUCCCCUUCCCUCUCCUUUCCUUCCCUUUUGCCCCCUUUCCUCCCCAUUCCUCCCCUUUCAUCCUCUUACCUCUGUUUCCUCAGUAUCUAAGAGCUUCAUGCUACUCCGGCUAGUACAGUGGUUGCAAAGGCAAAGAGAUUUCAAAUUACUUUCAGGUAAACUUGAUUAAUGUCGGUGAUACUUUACCUCGACUACUGUUACUAUUUUUUACAAUUUUAGAUGGUACAUGGGCCCAUCUCAAGUGAAUGGCUACUACUCACCCAGGCAAAAUCGAAUCGGUAAGUUUUCAAGCUGUGCUGUACUUUUGAAGUUACUUCUACCCUAUACUCUUCAUUUCAUCGGUGACUCAGUAAUGACCUAGUUCAUCUUUGAGUCCCUGUGGCACAUUUUUUGGUUGUCAUUUUUUCACUUUCAUUGCUCUGAUGAAGGGCUAACGCUCGUAAGGUCAGCUUUUUUACUCUUUACGGUGGCCAAUUUACGUUUCAACCUUGUUGUUAACACUAAGUUACCUGCUAUACUCUCCCACCGACGCAGCACCACAGUUUCUUUAGAAACUUACCCCCUUUAUUCAUUUGUCAUUUUUUCAUUAGUUUGUUUUCAUUCUUACACCUGUAACUGUAUCCUUGACUGUCCUGAAUUUAAAUUAGUCGGGGCUUAAUCGAAUGCCUAAGAGCUUUCAAGUCAUUAACUAUAACUGGGAAUGAUAUAUAACGAUAGAUAUUACACUGUCUGGUUAUUGACUUGUCCUUUCAGUGUUCCUGGCGGCCAUUCUGCAACCACCUUUCUACAAUCCAAAGUACCCUAAGUAAGUCAUAUUGCUGUAGGUUUUGUUAUUAGACAUUUCCAUUCAGAACGUUAGAGUUUGAUUCUGAAAUCGAAAUAAUUUGUAUGGUGGACAACAACGUUAGAGUUUGAUUCUGAAAUCGAAAUAAUUUGUAUGGUGGACAACAAAGAGACUUGCAUUCUGGGAACUCUCGUAUUAGUGCCGCAAUGGAGAUUACGUUAGAAAAAACCAAAGAGGAACAAGAAAACGGAAGGAAUGAGUGAUUUUCAUUUUUUGUUUCCAGAUAUUUUAACUAUGGUGGAAUUGGUAUGGUGAUUGGGCAUGAGGUCACUCAUGGAUUCGACGGUUCAGGUGCGUUAUCAAUUGUCGCUUUGCUAACGUUUUAACGAUUUUACAAUGUGUUUCUUUUAAAUGAUUAUUGAAAUACUACAUGUAACUCCAAGUGAAGAUGUCUAUUUUGCCCUUACCAAUGACAGUCUCUUUUUGGCAAUUUUGUUUUGACACAGUAGGAUGAACUUUUACCAGCCAAACAGGAAAUUCAUUCGUUAAAUAUGAAUGUCACCCAGCCUUCGCCAGCGGAAAUUCCUCUUGAAAUGAGAGAGUCAUGGAAUUUUAUGUUUUUGACCUAAAGGUCACAGAAAACAGGUGGAUGCGUCCACAGACUAAAUGAUAAUCGUUUUAGGAAGAAGAUUAACUUUUGUCAAAAGUUACGAGCCACCUUAAUUCAUUGUAACACGUGUCUCCGCUCUUUCUGGUUUACAUACAGGAAGACUAUUUGACAAGGAUGGCAAUAUAAACAACUGGUGGUCGAUUAAAUCAUAUUUGGGAUUUUUAUUACGAACAAAAUGCCUUUCGGAACAAUAUUCACAAUUUGACGUUUUUGGGAAGAAGGUAACAUGACUUGUUACGUCACGUGACGCUUAGAUUUCAAUGAUCUUUCAGGGCCUUCUAGAGUGUAGCUGGUGACACUGACCAAUGACUGUAGGAAACAAGUCGUACAUUUACACUCGCUUGCAAAGAGGUUGACUCGUGUGGAGCAUAAUCUUUUAACGAAGAGACCAAAUGGUUUUACGGCAAAUGAUUGAAAUCAGUGCUUUACUUUUUAAUUAUUCAUGAAAAUCUAUGGUCACUACAAUUCUCCUCUUUCAGGAAAGCGUGAAUGGCCUCUGGUAUAAAGCCGUUGGCUCUCAUCCUUCGUCUUCAUUGCUUACGCAUUUUAGGGUUAACGUUUUUGCAAUGUAGUGCAUCUCCCAUAAAAAAUGGACUUCUAAAGUCUUUUCGUGUUAAAUGAAAUUUGUUGCUUAUUGAGGACAUGAGGACCGUUUAAGACUUUUCCUAACUGUAGCUGAGAAGGUACCAAGUUAACGAGAUAACGAGUUUUUUUUUUCUUUAUCAUUUGCCACAUCCAGGUCGACGGCAACCAGACGCUGAACGAAAACAUAGCUGACAAUGGCGGAAUCAAAUUGGCUUUUAAUGUGAGAUUGAUUGAUUAAAUAUUAAUGCAGCUAGAAUACGUAGAUGUUCAGUUUGAGUGUCUCAUGGAAAGGGGACUAUUAAAUGUUAGUACAUCUGCAGCAAUUUUGUUGUGUUGUGUAUCGUGAACGCAUUUGCCGAGCUCGUGCGAUCUAUAAAGGUAUCCAGUUUGUUUCGUUCUCGCUGUUUUAAGACCUUUUCCCGUCUUUCACGGGUUUUGUUUGUUUUUGUCUCUAUUUAUUUUUUCUUUGCUCUUUAAUCUUUUUUCGAUUUGUUUUUGUUUCCUGUUUGUUUCCUUGAUUUUUUAAAUUAUUAUUUUUCAUUUUUUUCAACAUGUCAAGUUUCCUCUCGUUAUACCUAUUUCCAGUUCCUCUUCUCUAAAAUUACCCAAUAUAAUUUUUCCCUCAGGCUUACAAAUCGUUGGUCGCGAAAGAAGGCACUGAGGGAGCCCUCCCUGGGCUUGGUUUAACAGAAGAACAAUUAUUUUUCAUCGGUUUUGCUCAGGUAGGACAAAAUAAAUUAAUGAUCUAUAAUUAUUCUGUAAUUGAAAUAAAGUGUCCUUUUAAAUCAGGUUAUCGUAUUUAAAGAAUUAUACGAUUAACAGGUUAAAACAUUUUGAGAAGCUCACUGUUGUAGCUGCUUUGUUUUUUGGCAUUUUUAAGUCUAUUGAAAGUAUUUAGCUAGUUAACAAAAGUAAUGUUUAUUUUUCUUUAGCCAUGGUGUAGUAUUUACAAGAAAAAGGCAGCCCUUCUCCAGCUUGAGACAGACUCACAUACCUUCCCCAAGUACAGGUGAGUUAGUAAAUUUUAUUCACGACACAAGUUUCUUUUUAUUUUACAUUUACUAUUAAAUCCUUUGUUAUUGUUAUUUCUUCUUUCAGGAUCCUUGGUCCUCUUCACAACUACGAUAAAUUCGCAGAGGCAUUCAAGUGUAAACCAGGAUCUCCUAUGAAUCCUGCAAAAAAGUGUUCUCUUUGGUGAUUCAAAGUUUCAAGAUAGCACUUAGCAUUUAUCAUGAGAAGACUUUCUUCCUUAGUCCAAAGAUAAGGAUUAUUGGACAAAGAGUAAAGCUCUGUCAGUGGCCAGUCAGUGUAAUCCUCCAAGUACUUCCUUAAUGAUAGAUCUACGAGAUGUUUUAAAGUUUCUUAUGGGUUGUAAUUUUUUUCGUAAGUCAGAUUCAGUUAAUAGAUAUAGUUUUAUAAUUUUGGAAGUUAUUUCUAUUCUGCACGAAAUAGUUUUCUCAUUAAGUACGUUCAUUUGUAUUUAAGCAAGUAAAAUAUAGGUUGUUUUAAAAAAUUCGAAUUUGAUU